AUAGUUGAUUAAAAUUGUGUUUUUACAAGCUUUCAUAUAGAAAAACAACUUUAAAUGCAAGUAUACUGCACCGUUACAACAGUAAAAGUAUAACAACUUCAAAUGCAUGCAAAACUGCACCACUAAAACAGCAAAAGCAUAUAUCCAGUAAUGAACUAUUCAUAUUCUGAACUAAUACUGGUAGUCAAAGAAAUAAUUUUUACCUUCUUUUUGUAGUUAGGCAUGGGAGGUGCCCUGGAAACCCUUUGUGGCCAAGCUGUUGGUUCUGGAAAACUCCAGAUGCUAGGGAUUUACAUGCAACGAUCGUGGAUAAUCUGCCUAGCCACGGCAUUGAUUCUGACCCCAGUAUAUAUCUUCACACCACCAAUCUUAAAGUUUGUCCAUCAAACCAAAGAUAUCUCCGAAGUCGCAGGGAGAUACACACUAUGGGCUAUCCCUCAGUUAUUUGCGUAUGCCGUGAAUUUUCCCCUGCAGAAAUUCUUCCAAUCUCAAAGCAAAGUAUGGGUAAUGACCAUAAUUUCGGGGGUCGCUCUCGGCAUCCAUGCUUUGUUAAACUGGAUUUUUGUAACAAAGCGGGGUUAUGGCAUAGUUAGUGCAGCAAAUGUUGGAAAUUUUUCGUGGUGGCUUAUUAAUUUGGCACAAUUUAUCUACUUAGUAUCAGGGUGUUUCAAAGAAGCCUGGGGAGGAUUUUCUAUGGAGGCCUUUAAGAACCUUGCUGCUUUUGUUAAGCUUUCACUUGCAUCAGCUAUAAUGCUCUGCCUAGAGCUUUGGUAUUAUACUGCAGUGAUCAUCCUUGUGGGUUGCUUGAAAAAUCCUGAACUCGCAAUAGGCGCUAUUGCGAUCUGCAUGAACUACCAAAUCUGGACACUGAUGAUUUCCAUAGGAUUUAACACGGCAGUUAGUGUACGAGUAUCGAACGAACUUGGAGCCAACCACCCAAAAGCAGCAAGAUUCUCUGUCAUAGUCACUGUUUCUACAUCAGCCUUUAUUGGUCUAAUAUUCAUGGUUAUAGUUAUUGUUGAGAGGAAGCAAUUGCCAAAGUUUUUCACAGACAUACCUGAAUUGGUGAGAGAAGCUUCCGAAUUAGGGUAUCUUCUUGCCGCUACAAUAGUUCUCUAUAGCAUCCAGCCCGUUCUUUCUGGGGUUGCAAUUGGAGCAGGUUGGCAAUCGAUGGUUGCCUUCAUAAAUAUAGCAUGUUACUAUCUGAUUGGGUUGCCGAUAGGAGCUAUUUUUGGAUUUAAGCUCAAGCUCAAUGCACUAGGUAUUUGGGUGGGAAUGUUAAUUGGCACAAUAUUGCAAACAACUAUUCUGUUUAUGAUCAUUGCCAGAACUAAGUGGCAUAUCGAGGCUACCCAAGCAGAAGAACGAAUCAGGUUAUGGGGAGGACAAAUUGAGCUUCACACAAAUCAAGGACCAGUAUAAUUCAACAGGUGAGGAUUCAAAGAAAUACUCUACAAAUAUAAAGGUAUCUGUAAGCUGUUCAUUGAUCCGUCAGCAUUCUAUGUUCUGCUUCUUCAAAAAAAACUUGCUCUUCCAAGGUACGUCGACCUUAACACAAUACGAUUCGAACACUGGAGAAUUAUUUUGUUUCGAAC